CAAUCAGAUCCGUUACAGAGAGAGAGAGAACUAGCAGAUAGAGAGGUUAACUAGCUACAUCACAUGGGAGAGAGAUAGGUUGGAUACCUCAAUAAAUAAUCAGAUAAUAAAGGAACAAAUCAGCGCAGGCUGGUUGAUAAAAACACGAGAUAGCUGAAGUGUGCGUGGUGAAGCCGGUUGGGGGGGCUGUACCCAUUUUUUCCACUUCCUUUCGAGUUUUGGAGACUCUUAGUUUGAAUCAGAGCAGCAACAGUUCGCCACAUCGCUCAGCUCCUGAAACGACAAAAUGCCUAAAACGAUCAGUGUACGCGUGACCACGAUGGACGCAGAGUUGGAGUUUGCCAUCCUGCCGAAUACCACCGGCAAACAGCUCUUUGACCAGGUGGUGAAGACUAUUGGUCUGAGGGAGGUCUGGUUCUUCGGCCUGCAGUACCAGGACACCAAGGGCUUUCCGACCUGGCUCAAACUGAACAAGAAGGUGACAGCGCAGGACGUGCGCAAGGAGAGUCCUCUGCUGUUUAAGUUCAGAGGGAAGUUCUUCCCUGAAGAUGUUUCUGAAGAGCUCAUCCAGGAGGCCACACAGAGACUCUUCUUCCUGCAGGUGAAAGAGGGAAUCCUGAACGAUGAUAUUUACUGUCCUCCUGAAACUGCAGUGUUAUUGGCUUCUUACGCAGUUCAGGCCAAAUACGCUGAUUACAACAAAGACGCUCACACACCUGGAUACCUGUCCAACGACAAACUGCUGCCUCAGAGGGUUCUGGAGCAGCAUAAGCUAAAUAAGGAACAGUGGGAAGAGAGGAUUCAAGUGUGGCACGAGGAGCAUAAGGGCAUGCUCAGAGAGGACUCUAUGAUGGAGUAUCUAAAGAUCGCUCAGGAUCUGGAGAUGUACGGCGUGAACUACUUCAGCAUCAAGAAUAAGAAAGGCACAGAGCUGUGGCUGGGUGUGGACGCCCUGGGCCUCAACAUCUACGAGCAGAAUGACAAGAUGACACCGAAGAUCGGCUUCCCCUGGAGCGAGAUCAGAAACAUCUCCUUCAAUGACAAGAAGUUUGUCAUCAAGCCCAUCGAUAAGAAAGCACCGGACUUUGUGUUCUACGCUCCUCGUCUGCGCAUUAAUAAGCGUAUUCUGGCUCUGUGUAUGGGGAACCAUGAGCUGUACAUGCGCCGCAGAAAACCUGACACCAUCGAGGUGCAGCAGAUGAAGGCCCAGGCCAAGGAGGAGAAGAACCACAAGAAGAUGGAGAGGGCAAUGCUGGAGAACGAGAAGAAGAAGAGAGAGCAGGCAGAGAAGGAGAAGGAGAAGAUCGAGAAGGAGAAGGAGGAGCUGAUGGAGAAAUUAAGGCAGAUUGAGGAGCAGACCAGGAAAGCACAGCAAGAGCUGGAGGAGCAGACUCGCAGGGCUCUGGAGUUGGAGCAGGAGAGGAAGAAAGCAAACGAGGAGGCAGAUAGACUGGAGAAAGAGCGACGUAUGGCAGAGGAAGCCAAACUGGCCCUGCUGCAGCAGUCCGAGAACCAGAUGAAGAACCAGGAACACCUGGCGACGGAGCUGGCAGAACUGACCUCUAAGAUAUCUCUGCUGGAGGAUGCCAAGAAGAAGAAGGAGGAUGAGGCAGCGGAGUGGCAACAGAAGGCCACCAUGGUGCAGGAGGAUCUGGAGCGCACUAAGGAGGAGCUGAAGAAUAAGGUGGUUGCAGCUCACGUUCAGGAGCCGGUUCACGGAGAGAGUGAUCACGACGAGAGUGACGAGAGCUGCGCAGAGUCCAGCGCUGAACUGACCGCCGCCGCAGCCUAUAAAGACCGCAGUGAGGAGGAGAGGAUGACCGAGGCUGAGAAGAACGAACGAGUGCAGAAACACCUGCUGGCUCUAAGUUCAGAGCUGGCUAACGCUCGGGACGAGACGAAGAAGACCCAGAAUGACAUCAUCCACGCAGAGAAUGUGCGGGCGGGACGUGAUAAGUACAAAACUCUGCGGCAGAUCCGCUCCGGGAACACCAAACAGCGCAUCGACGAGUUCGAGUGCAUGUAAAACCAGAAAAAAAUCUAAAUAAAAAAGGGCCAGCAGGGGGCACCACAACCUGCCUCUCACCACCAGCCACCACACACCUGCACACAAAACUACAGUACCCACAAUCCACUGCUUCAGCAGCAGCAACUGCCAAGGAGAAUCUAGAGAUUUCAGUGAAAAGAUAAUAAAACCCUGUUGCAGCUGAAUUAGUAAUUACAACUCUUUUUUUUUUUGCAAUUUUUAGAGAAUCAAGGAUCUGUAUAAUUUUCCUAAAUUGCUAGGUGUUACAGUCACACAUACCAAUGAGGUUCAUACUGGAUUAUCCUCUUAAACUCCACAGUACAACCAGUGGUUCAUAGCAUUUUUGUGCUGCAAAUAGUUAUUGAUUAGUAAUCGUAAAAGUGUGAUAAAAAUCACAGAGUAUAAGCGGCUAACAUCACACUGCAGUUACUGAGAUUCAUACUGGAUUAAAACCACAAUUCAGAAAUUACUCUACACAGAAUCUGCUGAUUUAAAACAUUAAAAUAAUUCCAGUUAUUUCUCUGUCAACUCAAUUGUGUUACUGCACAUUCUACAGAUUCAUAAUGGAUAGACCAAAAAAAUCACAUUACUGUCAGUGUAUGAAUUACACACACUGCUGCUUCAUACUGGAUUACUGUAAAAUUGUUACACAAUUAUUUUUGUAAAAUUGUAAAAAACUCUAUACAUUGUGGAAUCAUACUGUGUUAAAAUUGAUCCACAAUUUGUACUUUCAGAUAUUUUUAGCAGAUUCUUACGGGAUCAAAAUCAACCUAGACAAAUCUAAUUCAGCUCCAACAGAGUAUAAACAGACACAGUGCUGUUCACAUUUGAAGAUAAUAGAGGCUACUGUAUCUUUAUAAGGGAGAUUUUUGUUUUGUAAUUUUUCUUUUUUUACCAUAAUGUAGCUUUCUUUUAUAUGCAUAUAAAUAUAUCUCUAUGUAUUUUUGAAACUGUAUGAACGGUUUUAAGAUUAGCUUGGAGUUGGAGUUGUGUAGCUACACUGAUUGAGUUUAAACUGUAGUUCAGAGAAAGAAAAGCUGGGUCUUGAGUUAUGCAAAUGAAUGUUGAUUAAAAUAAUUAAUAUUCUAACCACAUUAUAUAAGGUGUCCAAACUGUAGAUGAAAAAGCAACAACAGUGCCGUUAUAAAGACUAAGUGCCAUUACUGUCACUUUUUGAUGUCAGUGUUGAUACAUAUAUACACGCAUGGUGACUUUGCUUUUUCCAUGCAGUGCCAAUAUGAAGGAGUGUGAUUGAAUGAAGGAGAAAUUUUGCCCUUUCUUGUCUUUUCAAGGUCCAGCGCUGUGCGGCAUAAUGUUUGCUUUUUAGUUAAUCUGUACAAUACAGGCUAAACAUAUGGAAGAAGCAGCUUCUAAUAAAUACAAUUGUGCCAAAAAAUAAAUUAGGACUGUAACAACACAUGUUUUCAGGAGUAAUCUAGGACUGCCUGAUAUAGUAAAAAUUAUAUAUUGGGAGAUUUAAAGCAUUUUUUAUAAUAACUUUUUUUUUGUUUUACCAGUGAUGGUCUUAAUAUGAAUGUUUCGAAAAUGCUUUUGGGAAAUUGGGCUUAUUUCUUAGUGAGUUGAGGAGCUGAGUCAGAUGUGUUAGAUUGGAGAGAACCCUGCACAGCGUUGUGACCCUUUCAGGACUGUGGUUUUACACCAAAAUACCAAUUACCAAUACUGUAUGUGGGCCAAUAUUAAACAGAGUAAUCAGGAAAAUUAAAUCAGGAAAAUUAACGUCUAUACUGGUGGUCAAAAGUUUGGGGACAUCUUUCCUUCCUUUAAAUAUAUAGAUCAACUAGUUUUCUUUAACUCACUACUGUUAAAAGCACAAAUGGGUUUAAUGAUUCCAUUUGACAUGAUUUUUCUUUCUUUUUGAAGUUUCUAAAUGCGUUCCAUUUUUGUUUUGGGCUGCCAAGUUACAAUACUAUACUUGUAUAUUCAGUCUACAGCAGUUUUGUCCCACCCAAUAAAAAGCAUAGUUAAGUUAAAUUAAGUUUAAGCCUGGACUACUGUUUUAAUUAGGUACAAAUUAGACAAUAGUUCUUACUCAAAGAACCCUUAAAACUCUUUAAAAAAGCAUGGCUCUUUAAAGUACCAAAAUUGGUUCUUCUUUGUUGGUACUGCUCAAAGACUUAAGACAAUAUGGAUGGACCAAUAAUGUAGGACCAACAAUGAGUGACCAAUAGCAGAACCCGUUUUUGUGCUACAAACAAGCACUUUUUAAAAAGAACCAUAUCCAGUUCUCCAUUAUAGAGAAGAAAUAUUUGAGGUGUCCUGGCCAUGCUGAUCGUUAUUUUAAAGGCUUAUUUUAAAGGUUGUUUCCCCAAACAUUUGACUGUGAUUCAAUAAUUCGGUUGCGCCCCAUGUUCUUUGAGUGUGUCUGUAUGUGUGUUUAUGUGUGUGUGUUCAUGUUCCCUGCUGAUGCUUGGCGAUCUCCCACACUUGCGCAGGUCUGUGGACACUCCCUGCGUGUGUGCCCACGAUAUAAAUCGAAAAUCGGAAUAACGGAUAAAAUAUCAAACUGUAAUUUUGUUUUUGAUCUUAGUUUUUAUCUUAUUCUAAUGUUAAGCUUUUUUAUUAUAAAGAAAUGCUGGAGGCAUUGUGUUUUUGUUCUUCCUGGCCUCUGGAAACUGUUUGCAGUAUUAUUUGAAAGAAGUCUGUAUUAGAAAAUCACACUUAAAAGCGGCCUUUUCCUCUGCUGAAUUGUUCUGUUUGUAGAUUUUAGUCGGUUCAGAGCAGAACAUUUGCCACGUACAUGAGCUAUUCUGAAAUAGCGAGUUUACCCUGUACCUUUAGGAGUGUUUCUAAUGCCUUUGCCGUUCACCUGUGUGACGCAGCGCGACGCUGUGUAAAAGCAAUAUGAUAUUUUUCCUGAUUCAGUUCUGUAGCUCUUGGAUAAUCAUAACCGAUUGUAUUUUUCACAUGUAAAGGAUUUAAAUCUGGAAUCAGUUUAGUACUCUCAGUAUAUCUGGGUGAGACGGAGUCAUCCGGAGUUUCAGUUCACCACUCCGCACAUACCAUGUGCCUUCUCUUUAGCCAAUCAAGAACAAGGAUAGCUGCUUUACAAUGUUGUUCAUUUAAACGGUCAAUAAAACAUAUUAAAAAUGAAAGAA